UCUCUUUCUCUCUGUUUCUCUCUCUGUUUCUCUCUGUUACUUUAUUGUUUCUCUUCUCGUUUUUCUUCCCUCAGUCUGAACUCGGGGUUUAAAACAAAGAGCAAAAAGGGGGAAAGAACAGUCCGUGUGGGAAACAGUUCCGGUGUGUGUGUGUGUGUGUGUGUGAGAGAGAGAGAGAGCGAUCGCCGUGAUGAGCGCGUGCCGCACAGACUCGGUUCCCGCGCUCCGCUGGUGCGCUUCCCGCCGCGCGCUCGUGCUGCUGCUGCUGCUGUGUGGUGUGUGCGGUGUGACGGGGACCUGGGGCCCGGGACUGUACACACACCACACCGGGACCUCAGUCAGCCGAGACCCGAGCAAGAGGAACUGGUGUCCUCAGACUGUGACUAAGACGGUGACGUGUCAGGUGCAGAACGGGACGACUUUACAGCGGGUCUAUCAGGCGUGCAGGUGGCCACAAGGAUGCUCAAGCGGCAGUUACCGCACAGUGGUCCGACCUUCCUUUAAAGUGGUGUAUCGCAGUGUGACAGCUCUGGAGUGGAAGUGCUGCCCCGGGUUCAGUGGAGCGCACUGUGAGGAAGGUUCUGCGAGUGGUAGUCUGGCAGCUCAAGAGGCCGUGAGGAAACAGGCAACUUUACGUAAGCCGUCGUUCCCCAGGACCACGGAGCAGCUCUCCAGUUGUCUGAACUGCAGUCGUAUCACGGCUCUCACGGAUCGUCUCAGCUCUCUGGAGGAAAAGGUCCAGCUCCUGUCUGUCCAGUCCAAGGGUGGAGACGACCCCGAGUCGUUCGCCUCCACUUCCUCCUCCCCCCUCAUGGGGGCUCCACCUGCCAGAGGAGCUCCAGGAGCUCAGGGUCCUGCAGGUCCACAAGGUGAACGAGGCAGGGACGGGGUACCGGGCAAAGACGGGAAGCCCGGUUCUCAGGGUCUGCCCGGACCAAAGGGAGAAGCCGGAGUGAGGGGACCUUCUGGUGCUCCAGGGUCUCGCGGAACAGCAGGACCAGCAGGUCCUCGGGGACCACCGGGGCUUCCAGGAGAGAGGGGUUUACCUGGACCUCCAGGACCGCCGGGGCCUCCCGGACCCGCCGGUCCCCCAGCCCCGUCCGGCGCUGAAGACAGUGAGAAGAAAAACCUGCUGCUGUCCAACAGCUUCCCAGACCCUCGACUGGUUCCUGCUCAGGGACCUCAGGGACCUCCGGGACCAACAGGACCCCCAGGAGCACGAGGACCAGCCGGACCCUCCGGCCCUAUCGGACCAAGUGGAAAGCCUGGUACUCCAGGUGUACCGGGACCCGCGGGACCAAAGGGAGAGCGAGGAGAGAGAGGACCUCUGGGGUAUCCAGGAGAGAGGGGCUUUAAAGGAGAGCCGGGCGAGCCAGGAGUGAAGGGUGAGCCAGGGGAGAAAGGUCUUCCGGACGUUAGUUUGAAGAUGUUGCAGGACUUGCAGGCUGACCUGGAGCUGCUGGCUCGCAGGGUGCAGCUGCUGGAGGCGAUCAUCUGGCCAGAACCUGACGGAGGAUCCGGAGACGGCCCGUUCAGCACUCCGUCUACGGAAUACUUCCGGAACAAGCGGGCCGGCGUCCUGCCCUUACGGGUCAAAGCGUCGUCCCUCACCGAGUCUAAAAUCCGAGGGAAGUCCUAAAGGGUCAAACUCUCGCCCCAGCUUGGACUGGCAAACCCUCGCACGUCCCUGUAACACGUACCGUCCUACAGAUCCGCUCACUAACUCUGGAACAUCCCACUGAAUAAGGAAGGGGGGGGGGGGGGAAUGACACCACCUCAGGGAAAGAACCAAGUGGUGCUGUAGACCUUCACCAUCGCAACUAGAAAUCAGUCUUUAACUUCACUUCAACACAAGAGAGAAACGUUUAUACGAUUCGGGGCAAUAAAGGGACGAUACAAGCUGGUACACGUGACGGAGAAGAACAUCAGGUUAUUAUUCGCUGAAGUCACUCUAUAUAUAUAUAAAUAUAUUUUAACAGACCCCUUAGGGAAGCUAGGAAAUGUAUCGUAUGUAGAAAAACACGUAUUAACUAUUCAUUUUUCAAACAUUUAAGCAAUAAAUAAAUGGCUGUAGUUAUCCUCCCUAGCAUUAAAUGCACUAUUUUAGAUGUUGUUUUGUUUUUUUAUCUAGAGAAGUAAGAAUGAAAUACAGUAGAUCCCGCGCAGACGUCCCGGGUGCUUGACAUUGUGUAAUCUUUUAUCUAUUUAUUUGCAGUUUAAUUUGGAAACUAUUACUACAUUGUCGUGCCGAAUUCCUCUCCGUGUUUAGAGCUGUGAAGAAUUAACACUGAGUGCACACGCCAUCGAUUCAGCCCAGGUCUGUUAGGAAGUUUAACAAUCAAUUCACAUCCAAAGUAGAUAAAAGGUCUAAAUCGUUUUUAUUUGUUAUUCUUAUUAUUAACUGAUGUCUUUUGAAGACGGAGCUGAAAAUAUGAAGUUUUAAAACCCUUGAUUUGUCCCUUAUCUUCACUGCUACCUGCCUGAAACACUGAUUCAACAACUAAAAUAAACCAGACAACAAACUCUCAGUUAUUUAACCCUAAACGUGCUGCAGACCCGUAUUAACCUCUGCUUACUGUAAAUUUGUUUCUCUUAUAUUUUAAAAGUGAUACAUUUUUAUUCAUGAUCUAAAAACUACAAAAAGAAUUCAUUUCACUCAUCUCUACAGAACGUCUUUGCUUUUUAAAAUAAACAAAUAAAGCAUAACCAUCUAUGAGUAUUAAUAUAAAUAUUUAUUUUUUAUUUUUAUUUUUUACACUGUCUAAUAAAUGUCACGUUCUUCGUAAUAUAAACUUGUAUGUAUAAUCCAAAACAUGUCAGAAUAAAUAAUGAGUCCACCUUUCAGUAAGCAGAACCCACUGUACAUACUGUAUGUGUGGAAGCAUUUAGCAUAAAGCCAUCAGCAGGUCUCAGGGUUAACUUACAGUAGAAUAAGGUUUCAGGAUUGGGUGCAGUUUGAAUCAGAAAUCCUUCCAGGUUUAAAACUGUCUCCAAAGCAGAACUAAUAAAUAAUGUUUAGGCUGAAAACAGCAGUAAAUUUGGCCCGUGAACGUUUUAUGAGAUGCUAAUUUGUGUUUGUUUCUCGCGGUCACGGCUCUGAGGAGCUCGGAGUCUGUGUUUUUUGUAAUCGGAUGAAGAGAAAAGAAACACGUAGGCAGUAAAUCCUGGGAAACACUCAGGUGGGACUUGAAUCCGGGACAUUUAAUGGAAUAUCUGGAAAUUAUUCCACUCGUCUUUGCACAUUCAGCAACAACAACAACAAAAAAGAAGGAAAGAAAGAGAGAAAUCUGGGCUGAAAUGAUGUACUGUGCACUCAGCAUACAUCCCCUGGGGAAAUGCAGUACUGUACAAAAGUUUUGGCCCCCUCAUUCCUUCAUAUCUUGCUUCCAAAGCUCCAGACUUUCAUUCAUGUUUAAUGUAUUUCUGAGGAACCGUUCUCCAGGCCUCCUGAAGGCUCUCGUGUUCGCUCCACUCCCUGUAUCUAUCUUAAGUCCUGACGCAGUGAGAAACCGGUGACGCAGGUGAUGACAGAUGAUCAGGUGCUGGUUAGUAACUGCUGAUGCUGAGUGUUUGGAACAGACGAGAGGGGAAACGAGGUCGCUGCUGAGGUUCUUUCAUAAACAACCAGUUUGUAAAGUGUGUCUUUCGGCACUUUGCAGCCUGUCGCAGUAAAACAUGUUUGUUCUAAUUAUUUUACAUCAUUAAAUUGUGCUUAAUAUGAAGAAAUGAGGGGGGUCAAGACUUUUGCACAGUACUGUUUGUAACACUAACUAAAAACUGAAACAUUUACAAGCUAAAAUGUUCUUUUAAACGUCAAAGAUACUUACAGGGCAUUUGUCUUCAGCCGUCCUUCAGGAGGAACCUCGGAAGGUUCUGCGUAAUAAACCCGCGAGCGCGUAAAGAACCGCUGAAGACGUCUUUCUCCUUUAUAGAGUCUCGAACACUCGUUCAGGUGCUUCACUGCAGACGGUCUGAUCUGUUUAAAGGCUGAUUAAUGACAGGAUUGAGAAAUUAACUUGAAUCUUUUUUUAUUAUUAUUAUUCUUUUUUUUUUAUUUCUUUACCUUUUUCAUAAACAUCUCUAUCUAAAUGUUAAUUAUUUAAGAAAUGAUUAUUAGUUGAUGUUUCUGUGAUGUUUUUGUACGACACGUCGUGUCACGUCGGCUUUUCAUCCCUCGUUUUACAGCUUCUCAAAACUUUCGCUCGGAUUCUUCGUCUUGUGUUUGCAUCAGUGUUAAAGACAAUAAAGUGUUUCGUGCAUUUCUUUUCUUUUAUAAAUCUUGUGUG